AUGGCAACCAACCUGCCUAAGCGAUCGGUUAUUUUAGCAACACUGAAGACUGGCAAGCUCUCUAGACACGCGUUUAUCGGGCUCUCCUCACAAUCUGACCUCACAAGCGUGAUGGAGAGAUUAGUUGGCAAAGCCUAUCAGGGGAGGAUCAUACGCAAAUCCCUGGACGAAGAAUACCCCGACGACACCAACAUGACCCGGCAAGCAGAUGACACGGACCUUUGGCCUGCUUCCUCCCGAGCUAUAGACACAGUCUUGGAAGGACGUGAAAGUGGACAAAUCCCAGUAGCAUUUCCUGGGCUUCCCAGCAGCAGAACACAUGAACAAGCAGACUCUGAUGGCGAAAGAUCGGAUCUCACCGGGGCUGUUGGCUUUUCGCAUGCCGAAGCAGCACCACGAUAUCUAUUCAAGCAAAAGCGCAAGUUGGGUGACUUGGAUGAUGAGAGUGACACUGUCCAAGAUGCCCGCAAACGGCGUCUCAAACAGCAUGCGGCGGCCGAGUCGGAGCCUAGGCACUCUGGCAUCCCUCCUACAGGCACCACCUCACCACUCGUCAUGACCGUGGUGAAAUACACCAUCUCAGAAGACAGAUCUGGAGGUGUUGAGGAUGAAAAGGCCAGAUUGUUGGGCGGUCUACGCCAAAGGCCAAGUCUUCUGUCUCUGCUGCCGCAACGUUGGGUAUAG